AAGAUUGACGGCUAAAACGCGCUCCUCUGCUAGACUGAUUAUACUCUGCCACUAUUUUCCUGUGGGCCACUUGUCUAUAUCAGCCAUCAGCGACUUGUAACCAUGGGCCGAGGCGGAAAAAAUUCAAGGGUGGAAAGAACAAUCGUAAAGACACCUCAGAACCAAAGGCAUAUGGGGGCGGUGAUGUUCGGAACGAUGAUGGUCGUACGGACCUCCUCGAAAAGUCAGACAUGCAGAAUCCGAAAUUCGAAGCAUACUACAAGGCACAAAAGAUUAUUCAGAGAGCAGACGAUGACGGUGCAGGAAGAGAGGAAUGGACCCAGUUCAUUGAACGUCUAAGGGAGCCAUUACCGACGACGUUUCGGAUAGCUGGAACUAGAUUAACAGCUCAAGUACUCAAGGACGCCAUAGAGAAUGCCUAUGUCCCACAGCUUGGUUCCGUAGUAUUUGAAGGUCAACCUGUGGCCCCUCCUGUUUCUCUUUCAUGGUAUCCGCAUGGACUUGCAUGGCAGCUGAAUGUCGAAAAGAAAGUACUUCGAAAGUCACCUGAAUUCAAGAAGUUCCACUCUUUCCUCGUUUUCGAGACUGAGGUUGGCAACAUUUCUCGCCAGGAAGCAGUGUCUAUGCUCCCUCCCCUGUUCCUUGAUGUCCAACCCUAUCAUAAAGUCCUCGACAUGUGCGCCGCACCUGGCUCAAAGACAGCCCAACUCCUUGAAGCUCUUCAUUCUUCGCCAGAUCCCUCAUCAGCUUGCGUUCCGCCCGGCCUCCUCGUAGCGAACGACAGUGAUUACAAGCGAACACACCUCCUCAUCCACCAGUCCGCCCGUCUUCCCAGCCCAGCAUUCAUUGUCACAAACGCCGAUGCAUCCAUCUUCCCCAUCAUCCGUUUGCCGCACGGUUUUGACUCUAACUCAGAUUUGGCCCCGAAGAUAUCGGGGAAGGAAAAAGAAGGGAGUACGCUCUUGUUUGAUAGGAUAUUGUGUGAUGUUCCCUGCAGUGGAGACGGGACGAUGAGGAAAAAUGUUGCGAUCUGGAAGCAUUGGAAUCCGAUGGAUGGAAAUGGUUUGCAUAGCCUACAGCUUCGCAUUCUUCAACGCGCGAUGCGUAUGCUGCAUCCAGACGGACGCCUCGUAUACUCUACCUGCUCUCUGAACCCUGUGGAAAAUGAGGCUGUCGUCGCCGAAGCCCUGAGAGCUAAUCCUGACUUCGAGCUCGUCGAUGUCUCUGACUCACUACCCACGCUCAUCCGCCGACCUGGUCUCCAGACUUGGACACCGACGACGGACAAAAAUCUCAAGUUCUUCGAGACUUAUGAGGCAUACGUCGAGAGUCUUGAUGGUAACAAGAGCGUUCAAAGAGUUGGACGAAGUCACUGGCCCCCCACGGAGGGCGUUGCGGAAUUACACCUUGAGCGUUGUAUGCGUAUAUAUCCUCAUUUGCAGGACACAGGCGGGUUCUUCGUCGCCGUGCUUCAGAAGAAAAAGUCGGAAACUCCAACAAGUACCACCUCAGAAGGUGGAGAAAAGAAGAAGCGCACAAAAGAGGGAAAGAGGGUCGCCGAAGAGGCCAUCGGUGUCGUAGAGGAAAGCGCUGAAGCACCAGAAGCAAAGAAAGCUAAGAUUGAGGAUAGUGCGAGAGCUGCUGCUUACGAGCCCGCGCACGCUGUCCUUCCUUCGGUCGCACCUAUCUCGCCUAUGGAUGAAGACGAUAUCACCACGCAGACUCCAAACUCCCCAGCGGACCACACACCGGCACUAUCCACAGGCGAACCAUCAAAAUCCGUAGACCAGGCCACCGAGAGGAAGGGCAAGCGUGGCACUGGCGAUAAUGGGUUCAAGGAGAUGCCUUAUAACUUCAUUCCGCACGAUGACCCAAUUGUGCUUGGCUGCAUCCGUCAGCUCUCCCUCACACCUGACUUCCCUUCAUCCAAUAUUCUCGUACGCAAUCCUGCUGGCGAACCAGCUCGCUCGCUAUACCUCACCAACGAUAUUGUCCACGCCGUCGUUCAACACAAUGACUUCAAGAAGAUGAGGCUCAUGAAUGCCGGGACCAAAAUCUUCACAAAACAGGAAGGCGGCUUUGGACGCGGAAAGCAGGCUGCGCUAUCUGGCUCUGCGUCUACUGCUCCCGACGUCGCCAUGCCCGAUGAUUUAGCUGUGGCUGAAACGGGCGCAGCAGAACCUGAGGCGAUAGUGACGCCGUUCAGGUUGUUGAGCGAGGGACUGCCAGUUGUGGUGCCGUAUAUUCGGGAAGAGAGCAUCAUAGAGGCUCAAAUGGGUGCGUUGAGGACGCUUGUGGAAGAGUAUUACCCGUUAUUGGACAGGUUCGGGGAGCCAUUCAAGAGCUUAAUGUCGAGUAAAACAAUGGGUAGCCAUGUCGUACUCUUCAAGAAGGGUACAGAAGAUGAUGGCGGUGCAAACCUCCCGCAUGACCUCGUUCUGCCCGUGUGGAAAUCAGCAGCCUCGGUUUCGUUGAUGAUCGACAAGAAGGCGAAGAGUGCCCUGAGUCUCCGUGUCUUCCAUGAAGAUAUUACCUUCGCCGGCCGCGAAGCCGCAGCCAAGCUCAAAGCGAAACAGGCAUCAGCCGCUCCUUCUGGAGUAGCAACUCCCACCACGGCCAAUGUCGUGCAGGAGAAGGAAGAGAGCAUGGCGAUUGAGGCGGUGGAAAAAACAGAGACAACAGUGGCUAUGAAUGAGGCACCAUAGAAUAUCGUGGAUGUAAUGGGUGUUUCUUGGCUGUAUGAGGUCGUUUCGCAGUGUCACUGUUAUGUAUGAGGUAUAGACGUAAUUUUGC